UCAAAAUCACGAGACAAUAGGCAAAAUGUUUGUAAUCAUCUUUACGGCUUCACGCUACGUCAACAUGCGAAAGAACAACGCGCCAAUCCUUCAACCGCCCUUUAAAUCGGUCGUUUAUUUCCUCGACCACUCGUUUUGCUUCUCUCUCGCCCUCUCUCUCUCACCCAAUUUUAUCGAACACCUUGAGGGAGCUCACCGUCUCCAGUCACUCCAUCAAAUCCACAGCAGGCAUGCUCAUCCAAGCUCUCAGCUGGAGCUCCUCUCCAGUUCCCCUCUCUUUCCUUUGCAACAGCGGCCGGAACUGCGGAUUGUCGCCGUUCCGAUUGUUCAACGUUAGGGGAGUGAAUGCAGUGGCGGGUGCCUAUUUUGUGCGGAAAAGGAAUGUCCGAAGGAGGAUUUUGGCGUUCGAGCAGAGUCAGUCGAAUGCUGGUGGGCAGAGGAAGAGAGAUGUUGUGGAGCACAUAUGUUUGCUAAAAGCUAAGGAUAACCUAACUGAUGAGGAAGAGAAGGAUAUGCUGGAUUAUCUGUAUACAUCCCAGUAUCGAAUGGGUGGCAUUGUUGCAAUAUCAUUGGGACGUAUCGAUGAUUAUAAUCCUGAAAGAUACACGCAUGCUGUUUUUAUGCGUUUCCAGAGGAAGGGGGACCUGUUAAAGUUCUACGAGAACCCUUUCUAUUUGGGAGUUCUUCAGAAGCAUGUGAUCCCAUACUGCCAUGAACUACUUAAUGUUGAUUACGAGUCUGAAGUAGAUGACGAUAUCCUGUCUAUAUUUAGGAAAGGAGAGGAGUUCAAUUAUGGUGAGGAAUUUGUUUUGUUGGUCGAGUUAAAGGAUGAUGCGCUUGGUGAACUUGCAGAAGAUGCACUAUUUUCUCUGCAUAGAAUAGCCAUGGAGUCACCAUCCUUGAUAGUACAAGUUUCUCAAGGGUUGAAUUUCAAUUCCACCAGUAAUAUGGAGUACACACACGGCGUUGUGAUAAGAUUCCGUUCAAUUGAAGCCUUCCGAAUAUUUGUUGGGAGUACAAAGUACAAGCAUAUCUGGAGCUCCAAAUUCCUGCCAAUCACUCGGAAAACACUUUUCAUUCAUUUCUCGAUUGAUCCUGUGGGGACGGAACUUAUGUAACUUGGAGUAAUUAAAAGAAAAUUGCAGAGUCAUUCCUUAUCGUUUAAAACGGUGAACUUUGAAGGCAAAUGCUCCUGCUCCAGUUUCCAUGUUACUACUGGGCCGGAGCUAUUCCACUUCCCUAAAAGAAAGCAUCCAGGUGAGCACACUGCCUCUACCUUUUUCUUUUAGCCCCGUAUUUUAUCCUUCAACGGGCUUCUUUGUGGCGUAUUUGUGCAAAUUCACUUGCUAUUAGUUAGGCCUACCUAUGGUGUCUCAAUGCUUUUCACCCUUAUAAUUCUUAUAUGUACAUCCUUUUCUGUUGCCUCAACCUUAAGCAUUGAGUGUAUUUUGAUGUUCUUCUUUAUGAAGAACUGCUCUCACCGUGGGGCUUUCUGUCUCCGUUUCCGUAAUUUUAUGAAAUGAGGGUCAAGACCUGCCAACUUGGGGUCACAUUCUAAAAGAUUUUGAUGGAGAAAAUGGUGUUGCGUACACGGAUAUUUUUUUCCUUUGUCUUUUGUGCAGCUCUCUAAAUCCUCUUUUCUGAUUGGACCCAAAUUUGAUUUGACAAUCCAAUGGAUGUCUUCAUCCAUUUGCACGAAUAUGCAGCACAAGAGACUAGUAGACAUUCACAGUCAUUGGCAGCCUGAUGCGAUGCCUCUCUUCGUAUUAUAUUAAUUCUUUUCCACAUGCUGACAAGGAAAAUUUGUCAGCUGGAAAUUGGAAGUUGCAUCUGUUCAACCUUUCCAUUCCAAUUAUUCUGCUGACCAUGAAAUUUAACACUCUUCAAUACAUCCGAAUUUUUUCUUUCACUGCUGGAAUGAGCACAAUGAGCUCUGACGUUCGGUAACUUUACAAAAAUAUCGUGUCUUCUGUUCUUAGAUGAAAUUUGGUAAUAGAAAAGAAGGUGGCACCCCACCUUCUGGCUACUAGCAAUAUGAGAUAGUACAGUAAACUCAGUUUCUAUUGUUGUUAAGUGCUUAGGUUUGACUUUGUUAGCUGAUUGAGUACUUUAAUGGCUAACACAUGCAUGUCUAUGACUCAAGUUGGUUAGCCAUGUGUUCUAAUUUGAGUCCACCUCCUCUUUCUCUGUUCUUUUUUCCUUUCACAAACUUGUAUGCCCUGACCUUUAUCAUGUUUCGAUCUUUUUGCUGCCUAUAUGUUUUCGGAAGACAAUACUUUUGUAGGUAUUAGCAUGACAAGAAUGUCAAUCAUUGUUUGUGUUGGAUCAUAUGCAGCCCUUCUGAAGUAAGGACUCGGGCGGCUAGUUACAACCGGUUUUAGCUGCAUAUAGCGCUUUACUAUCCCCGCUUGGUACAGUUGCAAGUUUCUAGUAAAAUACACACACUUUCAUUCCUUUUCAAAAGUGUAUCUAUCAAACAAUAUACAUCACUACCUGAAGAAGUAUACAAAUGCAGAGAAAAGAUAGCUGUUAUCUGCAAAACUUUGUAUGACCAAGAACACGUCUUGGAGAGAGAUUAGUUGUGAAGCAGAUUUGGUCUGCUGGGAACUUUUCUCUUGGAAACUCCAUAAACUGGGUCGAUCUCAUCUUUGUUGUUGUCUUCGAAGGCUUUUGUUAAGACUUGCUUUGCAAACUUCGGAAAGAACUUACAUUCUUCACUUGGUACAGUUGCAAGUUUCUAGUAAAAUACACACACUUACAUUCCUUUUCAAAAGUGUAUAUAUCAAGCAAUAUACAUCACGACCUGAAGAAGUGUACAAAUGCAGAGAAAAGAUAGCUAUUAUCUGCAAAACUUUGUAUGACCAAGAACACAUCUUGGAGAGAGAUUAGUUGUGAAGCGGAUUGGGUCCGUCAGGAACUUGUCUCUUGGAAAAUCCAUAAACUGUGUCGAUCUCAUCUUUGUUGUUGUCUUCGAAGGCUUUUGUUGAGACUUGCUUUGCAAUCUUCGGAAAGAACUUAGCUGUCA